UCCGCGCACGCGCCCCGCGGCGCCCCGGCGGCGGAGCCAAGAUGGCGGCGGUGGUUCAGAAUGUGGUCAAGCUGCUGGGCGAGCAGUACUACCGGGACGCCAUGGAGCAGUGCCACAGCUACAACGCGCGGCUCUGCGCCGAGCGCAGCGUGCGCCUGCCCUUCCUGGACUCGCAGACCGGCGUGGCCCAGAGCAACUGCUACAUCUGGAUGGAGAAACGGCACCGCGGGCCCGGUCUGGCAGCAGGGCAGCUCUACUCGUACCCGGCGCGGCGCUGGCGCAAGAAACGGCGCUCGCACCCCCCGGAGGAUCCGCGCCUCUCCUUCCCCUCCAUCAAACCCGACACAGAUCAGGCCCUGAAGAAGGAGGCGCUGCUGGCGCAGGACGGCAGCAGCCUCGAGGCGCUGCUCAGGACCGAUGCCCUGGACAAGCGCUCCCUGCCCGACGCGCGCGGGGACGACGAGAGCCUGGGCGAGUUCCCGGCCACCAACAGCCGCGCCCGCAAGCGGAUCCUGGAGCCCGAGGAUUUCCUGGACGAUCUGGACGAUGAGGAUUACGAGGAGGACACGCCCAAGCGGAGAGGGAAGGGCAAGGCCAAGGGCAAAGGCGUCGGGGGCGCCCGGAAGAAGCUCGAGGCCGCCAUCCUGGAGGACCGGGACAAACCCUACGCCUGCGACAACAGUUACAAACAAAAGCAUUCCUUGAAACCUCCCGACCGAGUCUGCGGGAAGCGCUACAAGAACCGGCCCGGCCUCAGUUACCACUACGCGCACUCGCACCUGGCCGAGGAGGAGGGCGACGACAAGGACGACUCGCAGCCGCCCACGCCCGUGGCGCCGCGCCCCGAGGAGCACAAAUCCAAGAAGGGCCCGGACGGGCUGGCGCUCCCCAACAAUUACUGCGAUUUCUGCCUGGGCGACUCCAAGAUCAACAAGAAGACGGGACAGCCCGAGGAGCUCGUGUCGUGCUCCGACUGCGGCCGCUCCGGGCACCCGUCGUGCCUGCAGUUCACCCCGGUGAUGAUGGCUGCGGUGAAGACGUACCGCUGGCAGUGCAUCGAGUGCAAGUGCUGCAACAUCUGCGGCACCUCCGAGAACGACGACCAGCUGCUGUUCUGCGACGACUGCGACCGCGGCUACCACAUGUACUGCCUGACGCCGCCCAUGGCCGAGCCCCCCGAGGGGAGCUGGAGCUGCCACCUCUGCCUGGACCUGCUCAAGGAGAAGGCGUCCAUUUACCAGAACCAGAACAGCUCCUGAUCCUGCUCUUCCUCCCCAUCCUCAUCCUCAUCCUCCCCCUCACGCCCCCGUCCCUCCUCAUCCUCACCCCCUCGACUUCGGGGCCUUUUCUUUUCCCUUUUUUUUGGGUCCUUUUCCCUUUUUUUGGGUCCUUUUCCCCUUUUUCCCCUUUUUUUGGGACUUUUUUCCCCUUUUUUUGGGUCCUUUCCACUUUUUUUUUGGGUCUUUUCCUCUUUUUUCCCCUUUUUUCCCCUUUUUUUUUGGUAUUUUCCCCCCUUUUUUGGGUUUUUUUCCCUUUUUUUUUUUUUUGGUGUCCUUUUCCCCCUUUUUCCUCCUUUUUUUUCCACUUUUUUGGGGCUCCUUUUUCUUUUAUUCCCCUUUUUUUUUAUUUUCUUUUUUUUUAUUCUCUCAUUCCCUUUUCCCCCCUUUUUCCCUUAUUUCUUUCACCUUUUUCCAUCUUUAUUUAAACUCUUCCAUUCCCUUCAUUCCACCCCUUUUUUUUUCUCCCUUUUCCCAAUUUUUUCUCAUUUUUUCCCAAUUUUUUCCCAAUUUUUUCCCAAUUUUUGCUCCUUUUUUCCCCUCUUGACAUUUUUUCUGGGGUGACCCCGCAGGGUGACAUUUUUGGGGUGACUUUCAUCCCUUCCUCCCCAAUUCCCAGGAUUUCACCCCAAAAUUCACCCCCUCCCCCAAAUUUCCCUUUUCCUCUUUUUUUUGGGGAAUUCUGGGGCGAUAUUGAGGCUUUUUUUUUUUUUCCCUUUUUUUUUGAGGGAUUUUUUUUCCCACUUUGAUUUUUAUUCCAUUUUCCCUCAUUUUUCCCCCCCCCCCCCUCAGGAUCCUCCCGGCCCCUCCCCCUCCAGGCCCGACCCCUCCCCCGCCCCAAAACGGGGCAGAAUCCCCGGAUUUGGGACAAAAUGGGGCAAAACCCCCAAAUUUUGGGGUGCAAAAGCUCCUUUGGGGGGCAGGGAGGGGUUGGGGGCUCUGGGAACCCCCAAAAUUCCCCAAAUUUCCCCCAAAUUUUCCCCUCCCCGGGUCCCGUGGACUGAAUGUGCCUGUUUUUCUAAAAAACCACAAAAAUAAAUGAACUUUAAAGCACCUACCUCCGAGUGCCCCUCCCCCCCUGCACCCCCAAACCCCCCGAGAGGAGCCCCCGGGAUGGGCCCCAAAAACGGCAAAAAUAACCCCAAAAAAAUGGCCAAAAUAACUCCAAAAAAUGGGGAAAAUAACAAAAAAAAUGGCCAAAAUAACCCCCAAAAAUGGGGAAAAUAACCCCAAAAAAACCCAGGCAAAAUAACCCAAAAAAUGGCCAAAAUAACC